CGUCAUACGCAACCAGGAAGUCCCCGACUAGGAAUCACGUAACAAACAGAGGAAACAACAACAGUUAGUAGUUAUUAAAGUUAUUAAAGUUAGAAUAAUGGCUCUGGGUGACUGUUGGAAGCAGUUAUCCUGGUUCUACUACCAGUACCUGCUGGUGACGGCGCUCUACAUGCUGGAGCCGUGGGAGAGGACCGUGUUCAACUCCCUACUGAUCUCCGUGGCCGGCAUGGCCGUUUACACCGGCUACGUCUUCAUGCCGCAGCACAUCAUGGCUAUCCUUCACUACUUCGAGGUCGUCCAAUGACACGAUGACCCCGUCCGUCCGUCUGUCCGCCUGCCCAUAGGUCCUGUCUCUCUCUGGCUUCCUGUGCGUCCAUCUACUUGCCGUCUCCUGGGCUCGAGGUGGCGAUCGUUUCCAACCGUGUUGAGGCAGAACUUCUCCUCCUCCUCCUCUUUUCUUCCAAAGCUAAUUCAAUAUCAAAGGUCAAAGCUCUGAACGUCGUGCUUGAGGUCACGUUGGAUGAUCUUAUUCUUCUUCACUGAAAUCGUUGGGAUUGUGAGCAGCGUCGGAGGCGAGGCCUCAGAAGAGGGUGUGGACUGUUUUUGAGGACGGAUGUCUGGUUGUGUGGAGCGAUUGGACUAUUUUGUUUUUAUUCCACUGAGACAUGAAACCAUUGUUGUCUUAGAGUUUUAUGCGGCGGCUGAUGGACAAUUGUCCUUUUACUCCAUUUUAUGAGCCAAAUAUGAUUACUAGAGCAGGAUCAGAUCUCUGGACGAGGCCUGAUCGUCACAGUAGCUGCUGUUAAAGGAACAACUUUUCAACCUUCUUCAACAUCAUUUUCCAGCACAGUAGAGGUAGUAGAAGGUGGAAGAACGGGUGGAGAACGGUGGCGUGGUAACCAAUCAUACUUGUCUUAUAUUUAUUGUAAGUGAAUGUAAUUAGCUCAUUAUUUGACUCCUGAAAUAACACUCCAACUAUCAGCA